AUGAAGGCGUCACUUCUAGCGCUUCUACUGCCAGCGGCAGCGACCGCCCGUUUCAUCGAGGAAACUGAGAUUAACCGAGUCAUUCCAUACCCCGACGGCCUCAUCGAAGAGCCAGUUGAGCAGUUCUUGGUUGAACUGUCGCCCGGCGAGGUGAAAUGGAUCACUGAAGAGCAGAAAUGGGAGCUGCGCCGAGCUGGCCAGAACUUCAUGGACAUUACCGAGCAUGGCGACCUCGGUUCGCUCCGCCUCGCAGCCAAGACGAAGCCCGUGUUCCCAUCCAAGGUUAAGCUGCAGUCCGACGUUAACCCGCUGCUUGGUAACCUCACCAAGUCUUUGAUGAAGGACCAUCUCGAGACCUUCACGAGCUUCCACACGCGAUUCUACAAGUCCGACUACGGCCGGCAGUCUUCUGAGUGGCUGCUCAAGACGGUGCAGGACACCAUCAAAGAGGCUGGGGCCGAUGCAUACGGCGUCACCGCCAAACACUUCACCCACCCGUGGGGCCAGAACUCUGUAAUUGCCACGAUUCCUGGCAAGUCCGCCGCGACCGUGGUCCUUGGCGCGCACCAAGAUUCCAUCAACCUCUGGUUUCCUUCCGUCCUUCCCGCGCCUGGUGCCGACGAUGAUGGGAGUGGCACAGUCACCAUUCUGGAGGCGUUCCGCGUGCUCCUGCAGUCGCAGGAUGUCAUGAUGGGGAAUGCAUCCAACACGAUCGAAUUCCACUGGUACAGCGCCGAAGAGGGCGGUCUUCUCGGUAGCCAGGCUAUUUUCGCUGAUUACGAGAAAAAGGGACGCAACAUCAAGGCUAUGCUUCAGCAAGACAUGACUGGAUUCAUUCAGCGCACCAUUGACGCUGGCAAGCCAGAGAGUGUCGGUGUCAUUACUGAUUUCGUCGAUCCAGGCUUGACUGCUUUCAUCAAGAAGAUCAUCGAAGAGUAUUGCGAGAUCCCAUGGGUCGAGACCAAGUGUGGUUAUGCCUGCUCUGAUCACGCAUCGGCUUCCAAGGCCGGAUACCCGUCGGCAUUUGUUAUCGAGUCAGCCUUUGGCGACUCGGACAACCACAUCCACGGCACCGAUGACUUGAUUGAGUAUUUGUCUUUCGACCACAUGCUCCAGCACGCGCGCAUGAGCUUGGGUCUGGUGUACGAGCUGGGCUUCACCGACUUUGCCAAGCUCGAGAGCGAGGCGCAGAUGGGCGAGAUGAGCGAGUUGUAA